UGUUAUUGCAAUAGAAUACGACGGGAUCAAACUACCUUAUUUCUUAAUAUCAUUUACUCGUCUCGCGCCGUGUCAUACCCAAAACUGGUAUCUUGUUCCUUAGGCAGGCCCUAGGCAUCAUUCAUCAUGGCUUCUUCAUCCAAGCCCCCGAGCUCCCUGCUCUACACCUGCAUCGCCAACCGCACCACAAUCCUGGCCGAACACUCCGCCCCAGGCAGCUCCUCAACCUCCGCCUCAUCCCUCGCCUCCAUCAUCCUCCCCAAGAUCACCCACGACAAAUGCCAGAAGCUCACCUUCACCCACGACCGCCUCUUCGUGCACUACAUCGCCGACUCGCCCACAGGGUCCACCGAAGACAUCAGCCGCCAGGAGGUCAACUCCUACGCCCCGUUGAGCUUCAUCGUCGUCGCAACCGCCGAACAAGGCCGCCGCAUCCCCUUCGCCUUCCUCCUCGAAAUGAAGCGCAAGUUCCUAUCCGCCUAUCCCCCCGACAACACGGACUUUUCCUCUCUCCCCGCUUAUGGCUGCGCCGCUUUUAACCCCGACCUGCGCGCGCUGCUCCAGACGUAUAAUACCGCCCCGCCGUCUGACUCGCUUGCUUCUGCCCGUCGCGAGAUCGAUAGCGUCCGUGACAUUAUGACGGAGAAUAUCGAGCGCGUGCUGGAGCGCGGCGAGCGCAUCGAUCUGCUUGUUGAUAAGACGGAUCGGCUGGGCGGCAAUGCGCAUGACUUUCGGCUGCGGAGUCGUGGGCUGCGGAGGCGUAUGUGGUGGAAGAAUAUUAAGCUGAUGGCGCUGCUGGUUGUGGUUGUCAUCUUCCUUAUGUACCUGUUUGUGGGCAUGGGGUGCGGACUGCCGGCCUGGGGCAGGUGUGUGGGCCAUAGUGAGUAAAGUAUGCUGUGCAAUGUGCAUGGGGCUUUGCUCUUUUUGCUCACGUUCACGCUCACGUUGAUGCUCAAGUGCUUGGUGUGUUUGUUUGAUCGUGAUCGCGAUUUACCUAGCGCGGUGGGAAUACCGUUCCGCCGAUUCAAUUCGUGAUAUCCGCAUUUUCGCAAGUCAGCCAGUUUGCUCUUUGUAUUAUAUAACGUCGAUUUUCGGUCUCUUUUGAUGGUGAGAGACUGCACGAUACUACA